AUGCCCAAUACCCUCGUAACAGGUGCGAACGGCUUUGUCGCCGCACACGUCAUUGACCAACUGAUCGCUGCCGGCCACCAAGUCACCGGCAGCGUGCGCUCAGUCGCCAAAGGCGAACAGAUCCUCGCUACACACCCAGAAUAUGCCGUCAAGCUAACCUUCACUGUCGUGUCCGACUAUGCCAAGGCUGGAGUUUGGGAUGAGGCUAUCAAAGGGGGUAAUUUCGACUACGUCGUUCACACGGCGGCGCCACUAUUGGAUGAUCCUGGAAAUACAGAUUUCAAAAGGGAUUUUUUGGUGCCGAGUGUUAAUGGAGCUGUUGAGUUGUUGAAGAGCGCCAGCAAAUAUGGAAAGGACAUCAAGGCUAUCGCUGUUACUGGAUCGGUCAAUGCAAUGACCACUGGUAUGGACAUUGCAGCAAGGUCAUUCAACAGUAGUGAGUGGCUACCAGUCUCCAUCGACGACGCCAUUGCUGCCAACCAUCCUUACAUCAGCUACUGCGUUGCUAAAGCCGAGUCUGAAAAGGCAAUUUGGAAAUACGUCGAAGAAAACAACCCAUUUUACACUGUCUCCGUUCUUCUCCCUGCUCUGAUCUUUGGACCUCCAAUCCAGCCUGUCACUAGUCUGAAAAAGAUCAAUUAUUCGAGCGAUGUGUUCUACAGUCUUUUCAAUGGGACGUAUGAAGUUGUUCCGGACACAAGUUUCCCAUCUUACAUCGACGUCCGCGACCUCGCCACAGCACAUAUCCUCUCACUUACCGUCCCAGCUGUAGCAAACAAACGUUUCAUGGUCGGUGGCAAUAAGUACAGUUCUCAAAUCGCCGUUGAUGCCCUCAAAACUGUGCCGGAACUCAAAGGCAGACUGCCGAAGGAUGGGACCGAGGAAGAGAAGGUACUGAACUCUGACGAUGUGGAGGAGUGGAAUGAGAAGCUGGGUCUUAAGCCCAGAACGCCGGAACAGACUUUUGGGGAUGCGGCCAGGAGAUUGUUGGAGUUGGAGAAGGUGUUUGCAAGUGCUUAG